GUGGAGGUUUAAAUUGAGGUGUAGGCCGCGUUUGUUACGGGGCGGUUGGGUGUCGGUUGCCGCAUUGUUUCCUCUUCGGUCGUGUUGAAAGUUAGCCCGGGGGCAAGGCACAAGCUCCGCUCGACUUCAUAACACGAUGAGACCAAGAGAAAGAGGACUGUAGAGUUGCGAUAAAAAGAAUCCUGCCAUGUCCGGUCCCACCUGGCUGCCGCCGAGGACUCUGGACAGCCCAGAGCGAUCCGUCCCCCAGAUGUCCCACUCUGCAGGACCACCGAUCUACCAAACCGUCAACAAGAAGGGCGUGGCCGACUUCAGGCCAAAAUACGCUCCCUACGACCAGAACGGAGGAGCGGGGAUGACCAACAGGUACAUGGCGACUGGACCCACAGGUGGGCCCGUUCAUCACUCCACUGAUCACUAUUACUCUCCCCCUCCCGGCCCCAAAGACGAUCGAGGCUGGAGCUCUCACAUGGACGGCUAUGACAUGAUGCACCGCGGCCCUGAAAAACCCGCCAACUACCACUCCAAGAUUGAUGCCGACAUCGACUCCCUCACCAGUAUGCUGGCCGAUCUGGACAGCCACCCGCAGGACGCCGGCAACCAACUCUAUGACAACGUGCCUUACAACAAAUACAUCUCAGGGGAUCACUACAAGGCUGCGCACCAGAGCGCAGCCUCCACUCAGGGUCGGCCGUCCAUGGGCUACAACUCUCACCCCCAGAGUCCGUAUCCCCCGGCGCCGCCGUAUCCCGGCGAGCACGCGGCCCCCCAGUACUCCCACCAGCAGGACUUCUACUCCGCUUCCGCCCCGAAGCCGUAUCCGCAGCCCGUCCCGGCCUCCUACACCACUGCCUCCACCCCCACCGGGCCCAGGUUCAGUGUGCAGGUCAAGACGGCGCAGCCCGUCACCUACUCGCAGACGGGACGGCAGGCGGAGCAGGCCUACACCCCGCCCCCUCCCCGUCAGCACGUGUCGCCGCGGCCCCCGGCCCAGGCCCAGAUGGGUCAGCAGGGCUGGUACCCGCCGCACCCGGCCUCGCAGGUCCAGGUGCUGCACUCUGAGGGGGGCUACAAGGGCAACAACCCGGGGUCCGGAGGAAGAGUUAACCAGGUUCCUCUGUCGAAGAGAGGGAUAGAGAAGACCCAGACGGCGCAGACGCCGUCCUAUCAGUCCAGCAAGCAGGGGGCAGCACCAUCGAGGCCUGAGGAGGAGCUGGACCGGAUCACUAAGAAGCUGGUUUACGAUAUGAACCACCCGCCUGCAGAGGACUAUUUUGGUCGCUGCGCUCGCUGCGGGGACAACGUGGUGGGUGACGGCAGCGGCUGCAUCGCCAUGGAGCAGGUGUUCCACGUGGAGUGCUUCACAUGCAUCACCUGCCACGCCCGGCUGCGAGGCCAGCCGUUCUACGCCCUGGACAAGAAGAGCUACUGUGAGAAAUGUUACAUCAGCACGUUGGAGCGCUGCUCUAAAUGCUCGAAGCCCAUUCUGGACCGGAUCCUGCGGGCCAUGGGGAAGGCCUACCACCCUCGCUGCUUCACCUGCGUGGUCUGUAACUGCUGCCUGGACGGCGUGCCGUUCACCGUGGACGCCACGUCUCAGAUACACUGCAUAGACGACUUCCACAGGAAGUACGCCCCUCGCUGCUCUGUUUGCGGCGAGCCCAUCAUGCCCGAACCGGGCCAGGAGGAGACGGUCAGGAUCGUAGCCCUGGACCGCAGCUUCCAUGUUCACUGCUACGUCUGUGAGGAAUGCGGCCUCCUGCUGUCGUCUGAAGGCGAAGGUCGAGGCUGCUACCCGCUGGAUGGACACAUCCUGUGCAAGAGCUGCAGCGCCCGACGCAUCCAGGACCUCUCGGCCAAAAUCUCCACCGACUGCUAACGGAGCUCCGAACGUUUUCAGCCUCCUCCUCUUUGACGCACCCAGACCCAGUCAGCGCGUUGAGAAUGGCACAGACGCAUCCCCGCAGCGUUCAGACAUCGUUAUCGUUCCCCCGUCUUCUUUGUUGUUACCGACAGUCGGUAUAUUGCAGUGAAAUCACACCGUUUUUGUCGUUGAAAAAUGUUUAGCUCAGAUUAGUACGACGGUGGCCUGACCUGCAGGCAGCUUGGGCUCCAUUAUCCCCCCCCCUUUUUUUUUUUUUUUUUUGCCAUUUCGGUACAAAUUAUACCUCCGUUUUAGCAUAAUAUCUCAUGGGACUCGCACAAAUUAUGAUAAUCAGAAAAAAACUAAAUUUUUGUAAAAAAAAUAAAUAAAUAAAAUGCAAAAAAAAAAA